UUAAUGAAAUAAUUUAAUCAAAUGCAUGAGUUUGUUAAAUUUAUAAUAUUUGUACUUAGUACUGUGUCAUAUAUAUUAUUAACAUAUACAUAAAACUAUGUAUUUACGUUUUCAUCAGAUAAUCAACUCUACACUCCAUUCUACGAGGGUAACAUUAACAAGAUCUACUCACAGAGUGUGUUCGUUAUCAUUCUUCCCACGCAGAGGUCAAAAUACCUAUUCAAAAUCGGAGACCUUUCUAAAUGGUGCAAAUGCCAGCUUCCUGGAAAAUCAGUACCUGGAGUGGUCGAAGUCUAAAGGGUCUAUCGAUUCCUCUUGGGAUGGACUGUAUGAAAGUCUAAAUAGUUCGAAGUUGCAGAUAGACGAGUUUCAAGACGAUUUUAGUCCGAAAUCGAAUCCUAAAUCAAAAUCAUCAAAGAUCACGGAUGCAGACUCUAAGCAUAAAAUAAUGUUACACCUCGCAGUCCAAAACCUAAUCAGGAGUUACCAGGCACGUGGCCAUUUACUUGCCAAAACAGAUCCACUGGGGUUGACCUUUGCGGCCAGGUGGCUUUUGAAAGCCCAUUCGGCGCCUGUCGACCUAAAAGGAGUUAAUUGUAAGCUCGUUGCAAGAGAACUUGGGACUAUUUUAGGUGAUGAACAUAUGGAUAUGACAUUUGAACUACCUCACAGAACAUUUAUCGGAGGCAAAGAGGAGUCAUUGACGUUGAGGGAGAUCAUCAGUCGUCUCGAGAAGGUAUACUGUCAGUCAAUCGGCGUGGAGUACAUGCACCUUUAUGACCCGGAUAGUCUACAGUUUAUCAGGGAACGAUUGGAGGUGCCCGGUUGCUUCGAAAAGACUGUUGAAGAGAAGCGUCUAAUUAUGCGAAGAUUGACAAAGGCCGUCUUCUUGGAGAAAUAUUUCGCAACAAAAUGGCCAGCAGAGAAGCGAUUCGGUCUUGAAGGCGGAGAGAGUAUGAUUGUUAUGUUGGAGGAGAUCGUUGACUCCAGCACAAGGCUCGGAGUCGAGUCUAUCGUCAUGGCUAUGCAACAUCGAGGCCGACUAAAUAUGCUGGUAAACGUGUGUCGUAAGCAAUUGACUGACAUUUUCGCACAGUUUAAGCCUAUGGAACCUAAGGAACCUGGUUCCGGUGACAUCAAGUACCAUUUAGGUACAUAUAUACAUCGGUUUAUCCGUAAAACAAAUCGCUACAUUAAAGUAUCAAUGAGCUGCAAUCCAUCACAUUUGGAAGUCGUGUCACCUGUUGUUGUCGGCAAGACUCGUGCAGAACAGUUUUUUAAAGGCGAUAAUAACGGUGAUAAGGUAAUGGCUAUAAUCAUGCACGGAGAUGCAGCCUUUGCUGGACAAGGAGUUGUAUAUGAGACUAUGCACCUCGGUGAACUACCAGCUUUCACAACACACGGCGCUAUACACAUUGUGUGUAACAACCAAAUUGGGUAUACCACUGAUCCCAGGUUUGCUAGAAGUUCUCCGUACUGUUGUGACGUAGCGAAAUGCGUGAAUGCGCCAGUGCUCCACGUGAAUGGUGAUGACCCUGAAGCAGUGGCCCAUGUAGCACGCUUGGCCAUUGAGUACCGGUGUCAUUUUAAGAAAGACGUGGUCCUGGACUUGACAUGCUAUCGAAGGUUUGGGCAUAGUGAAGAGGAUGAGCCAAUGUUCACGCAGCCCUUUAUGUAUAAGAAGAUACGCUCAAUGAAGACUAUCGAUCAAAUAUACGGCGAGCGUUUAAAAGCCGAGGGGGUGGUAAAUGACAGUGACAUCAAAGGCUGGGAGAAAGAAUAUAUGGACACAUUGAAUAAGCACUUUGAACUUGCCAAGAAGGUCACUAAACUGAGUAUCAUGGACUGGAUUGACACGCCGUGGACUGGGUUCUUUGAGGCACGAGAUCCAAAGAAGAUCGAAGAAACGGGAAUCAGCGAAGCGACUAUAUCGACGAUAUCCAAACACUUUUGUAAACCGCCGGAGCCUUGGGCCUUCGAAGUACACAAGGGUAUUAAUAGAAUUUUGCUGAACAGAGAGAAAAUGGUAAAAGAAGGUAUUGCUGACUGGGCAAUGGGGGAAACAUUGGCGUAUGGAUCGCUCUUGAGGGAUAAAAUACAUAUCAGAUUUACGGGCGAGGAUGUGGAAAGAGGCACGAUGGCACAUAGACAUCACGUAUAUCACCACCAAGGAGUGGACGGUGCGACGCACAGGGUCCUUGACACUUUGUACCCUGAUCAGGCAGCAUACAGCUUACACAACAGUUCACUCUCGGAAUUUGGUAUCCUAGGCUUUGAAACUGGCUACUCAUACUCAAGUCCUAACUUAUUAACGAUAUGGGAGGCGCAGUAUGGAGACUUUGCUGAUACAGCACAACCAAUCUUUGAUACUUUCAUCUGCAAUGGCGAGAGCAAGUGGGUCUGUCAGUCUGGUCUCGUUGUUCAACUGCCGCACGGAAUAGAUGGCGCUGGUCCAGAACAUUCGUCUGCUAGGGUUGAGAGAUACCUGCAGCAAGCUGAUGAUGACGAAGAUCUAAUACCAGAUCUGGAUGAAAAGGAUAUGGCUUUGAAACAGCUUCGUGCGGCAAACUGGAUCGUGUGCAAUGUGACAUCACCAGCCAACUAUUUCCAUCUGAUUCGACGCCAGAUCGCACUACCUUUUAGGAAACCAGUUAUUUUGAUGACUCCAAAGGUUGGCCUGAAGCAUCCCUUCUAUCGGUCACCCUUUAAAGACUUUCUACCAGGGACUAGCUUCCGAAGAGCGAUAGGUGACACAGGGCCAGCGAGUAAAAGGCCCAAGGAAGUGAAAAAGUUAAUAUUUUGCUCUGGCAAAGUGGCAAUAACGAUUGACGAUUUGCUGAAAGAGAAGAAACUUCAAGACAAGAUUGCUGUCUGUCGGAUAGAGCAAUUAUACCCGUUCCCCUACGAUCUAGUCUUGAAAGAGUUUUGUAAAUAUGACAGUGCGAAGGUGUUCUAUUGCCAAGAGGAGCACAAGAACCAAGGGCCCUGGCUGUUUGUAAAGGUCCGACUGGAGAACCUGUUUGGAAAGAAAAUCGGAUGCAUAUCUCGGCCAGCGAGUUCCGCGUCAGCAACUGGUAUAAAGUGGAUCCAUGCCAAGGAGUUAACUGACCUUAAAAACAAAAUAAUUGAACUUUAAUGAACUUUAUUAGUUUCUUAAAAAUUGUUUGUGACAUAAAUGUUUCGUUUUUGUCAAAUUUGUAUGAUAUAUGAGAAUAUCAUACUGUGCAUUAUAUUAAAAUAUUUUGCUAUAUUAAUUUAUUUAAAAUAUGUUAUUGUAGUUAGCCCGGAUCCAUUAAAGUAAUAGCAAGUAUUAUAAUUAAUAGUGCUUAUCGCAAAUUCUUCAUGUAAUUAAAUAGAAUAAUAUAGUGAAACGUUUCUCUUCGCCGCUAUAGCAACUUCAUUUAUUGCUGGUUAAAUGUGCAAAAAAAGCUAUCGAUAAAAACUCACUACAGA